AUGUCUCGCUUUCGAGACAUUCGCCUCAGCAUCUCCAAAUCGAAGUCAAGUGCACAGAGUACACGAGUGCCCGCAGUACACCACGAGGAAUGGUCUCCGAUCGCGAAUAGCAGAGAGUCCCUGCAACGAGCACUCGAGGACAUGUAUUGGGAGGGUGUCCGAGAUGAGCUAGAAAACAUCAUUCGCCCUCUAGCUAUAUGGCAGCAACCGGAGUUUGCCGACGUCUUAGUGCCAGAUGAAAAUGAUGAUUUUAUUCAUGGAUUCGACACCUUUGUGGACCAGGUUAGCCAACAUGCAAGAGAACAUGCGAUCAGAUAUAACAAAAAACGCAUCGAGAAUAUGGACCUGUCUCGAAAGUUGAUCGAUGCACCACCGCCGAGCUACAUGAAGUCCCUGAAUGACGCUGCAACGGACCGGAGGGCCGAGUCUAUCAGCUCAAAGAUCAAAUCAGCCGUGCGCCAAACUAUGGAGGAUAUGCCGAGUUUUACUGGAAUAGAAAAGCGAGCGUGGGUGUUGCUCCAGGCAGCCGGAUUUCUUGAUAUUGAAAAGCUAAUAGAAGACCGACCAGCAACCAAGAAGCAGAAACGACCGGUUGUUCCACAACUGGACUUCUCCAAGGGCAGGCCUCUUGACUUCUAUCCCAUGCAUUGCGCCAAUGCUCAUUGCAACGCCAUAAUCACUGGAAGCAUGUUCAAAUCUGACGAUCCUAAGGAGCCCCGUGUCGUAUGUGAAGAUUGCUACUUCCGCUUUUUCUACGGCAAGGAUUCCUAUGUCAAACAGUACAAGCAUUCCAUCCUGCCCGAGGCGAUCACUCCAGAGGAAAGCCGGAGGAUGUGUCCUUGCUACUCGGUCCCUCAUUUCAAUGGUGAUAAGCCACUGGCACUAUUUCCGGUACCCUGGGAUGCUCGGCAUCAAAAAUACACAACAUCUAGUAAGAAAUGUGAGCUAGACGCCCUCGAUGACCUUGUCGCAAUUUCAAAGUACAAGGCAUUGCGUAAAGCAGCAGGUAUCAAAGAAACCAAGAGGGAAAGAAACCCGAACUCGGUUGUCGAUGCAACUAUGAAGCUUCAACACCGCCAACCUCAAGCAGAGAAAUCGAGCUCGAAUCAAAAUUUGCAUUCCCUGGCGAUUCUGGACAAAAUAGUCACCGACCCGCAAGAGGACCCGGAUGUUCCAGCAUUUUUCAAAGCACAUGUUGAUAAGGAUCCAUUUGCUAAUGUGCACGUGAGACUCCGUGUUGGACCCUUGAUUAUUAGGAACGAUAUAUCGCUUACUGAGGACGGCGCGCUUAUCACAUUGCGGGAAACGCCCGUUUUUCAUCAACGUCUAGGCAUCUCUGGCAACGAAAAGCGAUGCCUUCUAGUCACAGGCUCCGAGGACCAAAAUGUUUGGCAAUUUGUUCAACCUGCCCGGCAUCUGACGAACUACAAGGCUGUCAUGAAACAAGUUGUCGGCGCGCCUUUCAGCGGUCUUUUACCACAAGACCCUGAGCGUGCGUUAGUCUGCGACAUUCUUGAUGCAAGUCAAUCGCUAUCUAGCACGGGGGCAGACCUCGGACAGUCAUUUGAUAAGUUACUCGGGAGUCUCAGGAACAUAAUGGGUAGCCGCGUGCAGAUAUAUAUUGAUAGCAUAGCGGAACGACUAUUGAAUCCAGCGACACGUCUGGCAAGGAACGCCACGCAGAACAAUUACCAACAUUUUUGCAAUUCACUCAUAGACCAUGACAUUUUCGGGCCUUUGACCAGCGGUUUGGCUUACCCUCUCUACCUUAUGAGCUUCGUCUGCCCAGACGAGGGUUACAUGCGACCGCCAGUUCUAAGCAAGUUCAGCGUCCCAACUGGACUAACACAGGACUACAUUUCCCAGUUCUACUUCGGUCAUUCUACUGUUAAGGACUCCGAAAUUAUUGAUACAUAUCAGGAAUACUGGUACGACUGGGGGGCUUUCGGGGGACCCAUAUACAAGUAUCAAAAUAUCUUUCCGUGGGACUGCACUGAGGCAUACGGUCGAUAUCCAACCUGCUGCGGAGACUGCAAUCUGUCCAAACACGUUCGGGCCUUUCCUUUUGAUUCCUGGUCUAUAGUAUCCCACCACCUAACUCGAGAUCAACACAUGUAUGCGCCGUCCUCACUCUCCGAGCCCAUGGAUACCACAAAACCUACCUCCCAGGCCUGGAUGCGCAAUCGCCUCAACGUGUUGAGUGCGUCAGCAAUACUCUGCCGUGCCGCCGCAGCCAUGGCCAAAACAGAGAUAUUCCGCUCGGCAACAGCUUGGUUAUCACCAUCCUCCAAUCCAGGAUCGGAGCUGCGGUCUCUCGACCCAUCUCUAGCACGCGUCAAGCUAGGCGGCAUCCACCGCGCUCAGCCUUUUAGUCACCUCCUCUUCGAUGACAAGAUAUAUUACAGCAGCUUCUUCAUGGCACACUGGGGAAUUAGGCCUUUACCCCAGCAAAUUGAGGCUUAUGAAAUAGCACGACGAAAGCGUAUCAACCGUGCCGAUAUCGAACUACCACUACUAGCCGAAGACGCAGUCGGUUACACCACCCGAUACAGGAGAGAUUCGAAAGAUACUUCGAACGAUGCAGCCGAGAAGUUUGAGAUUGACAUGGAUGCUGCACUCACCCUCCUUGAUACUGUGUAUAGGCAUGCAGCAGGGUGUGCAGUGGCUUGUGGAGCAACUUGUGCCUCGGGCUGUGGGAAUAGCAGCUGUGGAGGCGUGGUCAGUGCUACCUCCUAUCCUAUAGUGGAGGAGGAGGAGGAGGAGGAGGGGAAAGCAGCUGUGGGGGAGGCAGUGGAGGGAGUAGUAGUUGUGGCAGCAGUUGUGGAUCAGGGUGCAGUAGUUGUGGUAGCUAAUUUCUAUACAGUGGCCGAAUCUUAG